GAUAUGAUAAGGAUAUAAACCGAUUAGCCAUGAUGGCUGCACUGUGAGCAAAUGGACUCACAUUCUUGUUUUUUACGACGUGGUUCUCCAGCCGAGCACAAAAAUCACAGAAAGUGUGCUCCUUUUCCCGUAUCCGCCUCUGAGCGAUGAGCUGUACACACCAUCAGCUGACACGAAGGAGGCACACACACACACACACACACACAGACACACACACACACGCUCAGGACCAGCCAUGGCUCUCAUACACACUCUCAUUCUGCUCUCAUGUGCGGGGAAAGUUUGGUCCAAAUCCGGCCCGAAUGAGUCUCGAGUCUAUCUGAACAAUAUCACACGGAUUCUGGACAGAUUACUGGAUGGAUACGACAACAGACUGAGACCAGGAUUUGGAGGUCCCGUCACAGAAGUCAAAACGGACAUCUUCGUCACCAGCUUCGGUCCCGUGUCUGACGUGGAAAUGGAGUACACCAUGGACGUGUUUUUCCGCCAGACAUGGAUAGACGAGCGUCUAAGGUUCGAGGGUCCCAUCAAGAUCCUGCGUCUCAACAACCUGAUGGUCAGCAAUAUCUGGACUCCGGAUACAUUUUUCCGAAACGGCAAACGCUCCAUCGCUCACAACAUGACAACUCCGAACAAGCUGUUCCGUAUCAUGCAGAAUGGAACCAUCCUCUACACCAUGAGAUUAACCAUCAAUGCCGAGUGUCCGAUGAGACUCAUCAACUUCCCCAUGGAUGGACAUUCCUGUCCUCUGAAGUUUGGCAGCUACGCUUACCCGAUGAGUGAGAUAGUGUACACUUGGAAGAAAGGGCCCUUAUUUUCUGUGGAGGUGCCACCGGAGUCGUCCAGCCUGCUGCAGUACGACCUGAUCGGACAGACGGUGUCGAGCGAAAAGCUCAAGUCCAGCACGGGUGAAUACAUCGUCAUGACCGUUCACUUCCAUUUGCAGAGGAAGAUGGGUUUCUUCCUGAUUCAGACCUACAUCCCCUGCAUCAUGACCGUCAUCCUCGCUCAGGUUUCCUUUUGGAUCAACAAAGAGUCCGUUCCUGCCAGGACCGUCUUCGGCAUCACUACAGUGCUAACGAUGACGACUCUGAGUAUUAGCGCUCGACACUCGCUGCCUAAAGUCUCCUACGCCACCGCUAUGGACUGGUUCAUCGCCGUGUGCUUCGCUUUCGUCUUCUCCGCCCUCAUCGAAUUUGCCGCCGUGAACUACUUCUCUACCGUGCAGGCCAACCGAGAGCACCGCCGUGCCAACGCUGUCCAAGCUGCCAUGGCAACCGCCGCCAAGAGUGACAGCAUAGAUGUUACGUCGCUGGUGGACUCCAGCAGUGUUCUGAAAAAAAGGCUGAACUCAGUGCCGCAGAAGGAGAGCUCCAUGGUUCCUGCGAGCCCAGUGCAUGAGUUACGUCAGCAGGGUUCAGCCACGCCCGAUAACGCCAUGCUAACUGGCACCAGCAUCAUCGAUAAAUACUCACGCAUCCUCUUCCCUCUGUCCUUCGGCGCCUUUAACCUCGUUUACUGGAUCGUUUACCUCACCAAGGACCCCAUGGAGACAAGGGAGGAGUGAGCGCUGCAUCCUCACCAGAGGGUCUCUCAGGAAACAGUGGGGAAGAUGGAGGAUAAAACAAAUCUAGAUCUUUUGAAUCCAUGUCCGUUUAAUGUGUUAAAAAAGGAAGACUGCUUUAUUUAACCUUUAACCUUUUACCUUUUUAAAAAUAUAAAUGAUAAAUUUUUAUUUAAUAAACCAAAGAUUCUUCAUCUUGUGUUCACAUUAGAAAGGUUUCUGCAAAGGGUUUAAUGGAUAAUUAAUGGUUCUUGGCCUCCAAAACAGGGCCGGAACCCCGUUGUGAGGUUUUUCGUAGAACCUUUCAUGGUCUUUUUCUAAAAGUGGACCAAGCUAAAUCUUAAACUCAUGUCAGGUUCUAGAUAUUAAGAAGAAAAUACUGAGUAAUAACUUACCCAGUUAACACACACACACACACACACACACACACACACACACACACACACACAGAUAUUAUAAGGAACUAUGCACAGACUUAUACAGGAAGUACGACGACCUCACUGUACAUUUACAGUGUUACAGUGUCCUACUCUAAUAAAAAUUUUGCGUACAUUAAGUUCAUUUUACA